AUGGCAGGCCUUCCACUUCCACUGAUCCCCCAUCCUAUUACCCUUUUCUUCAUCAUUUUCUUUGCGUUCUCACCUUUAGCAAAGGCAGCACAAUAUAGUGUGUUAAGCUAUGGUGCCAAACCUGAUGGAAAAACUGACUCAACCAAGGCCUUUGCUGCUGCUUGGGCACAGGCAUGUGCCUCAGCACAACCAGCCACAAUUUCUGUUCCUAAAGGGAGUUUCUCUUUAGGUCAAGUGAGGUUUCAGGGUCCUUGCAAGAACCGUGCUAUCUUGGUACGUAUAGAUGGUACCCUAGUCGCCCCAUCAGAUUAUAAGGUCAUUGGUAACGCUAAAAAUUGGCUAAUCUUUGAGCAUGUUAAUGGGGUUACUGUAUCUGGAGGGACUCUUGAUGGCCAGGGUGCUGGACUGUGGUCUUGUAAGAAUUCCGGCAAGGGUUGCCCCAGAGGCGCAACGUCACUUGAGUUUUCCAAUUCAAACAAUAUUGCAAUUACCGGAUUGGCAUCAUUAAAUAGCCAGUUGUUUCACAUUGUCAUCAAUGGUUGCCAAAACGUCAAAGUGCAAGGAGUCAAAGUCUCUGCCGCCGGAAACAGCCCUAACACGGAUGGUAUUCAUGUUCAAUCAUCAACCGGUGUCACCAUAUUGAAUUCUAGGAUUGGAACAGGUGACGACUGUGUAUCGAUUGGCCCCGGUACCUCAAGUUUGUGGAUUGAAAGUGUGGCUUGUGGACCUGGCCAUGGAAUCAGCAUUGGAAGUUUGGGCAAAGAAUCCCAAGAGGCUGGUGUGCAAAACGUUACAGUCAAGACCACUACAUUUACCGGUACGGAAAAUGGACUGAGAAUUAAGUCUUGGGGAAGGCCUAGCAAUGGUUUUGCUAGAGAUAUUCUUUUCCAACAUGCAGUCAUGAAUAAUGUCCAAAAUCCUAUUGUAAUAGACCAAAACUAUUGCCCCGGCGAGAAGAAUUGCCCUGGCCAGGUUUCUGGAGUGAAAAUAAGUGAUGUGACCUACCAAGACAUUCAUGGAUCAUCAGCUACAGAAGUGGCGGUCAAAUUUGAUUGUAGCAAAAAAUAUCCAUGCACUGGGAUCAAAUUAGAAGAUGUAAAGCUCACUUACAAGAAUCAGCCAGCUGAAGCAUCAUGCAGCAAUGCUGGUGGAGUUGCUUCAGGACUUGUUCAGCCCACUAGCUGUCUAUAA